AUGCCACCAAAAAGGGAAGAUGAUCCGAAAACCGUUUUGACACGAGCGCGCGCUAAACGUGAUAUUGUUUUAAAGUCAAUCAAACGUAUGCACGUUACAGCAUUAGAGGCACGUUCUGAUAUCGGUAAGGUUCCUGCACUUAUUUCCCACGCCGAUGAUCUAAAUAAUCUCGUCGAACAAUUCCAACACCAUCAAAAUGUUAUUAUCGACGCCUUGCUUGAUUUGAACCGGUUUGCCGAAUUUGAACAGGAUGACGAUCCGUUGUUUACGUCCAUGGAUUCCAUGCGUCUAGAAAUCAAAACAAUACUCGCGAGUGUCGUUUCCACGAGUGCGUCCGAAAUUAAAUCGUCGUCAUCGUCGUCGAUCGCGUCCGCGCCACAACAAUUCGUUCCGUUACCGAAGAUUCAGCUGCCCAGCUUCAACGGUAGUUUAUUAGAGUGGCGAUCGUUCCGCGAUAUUUACGUAUCUCUCGUACACGAUAACACCGGCAUUGGUGAUGCCGAACGUUUUCAUUAUCUACUGUCGUGUUUAUCGGAUGACGCUCUCGCCGUUGUCAAAGCAAUACCGCUGUCCGCGAACAACUACGCCCUCGCUUGGGAAGCACUGUCCGUUCGGUUCGACAAUAAACGCCUGUUAGCGUCGGCACAUUUAGACAAGUUAUUCGCAUUUAAACCUAUUACACAUCAAUCGCUACCAGCUUUGACAUCAUUUAUCAACACAUUCAAAGAAAAUGUAGCUAUAAUUAAAGCGCUCGGUGUUAACGACCUUUCAAGUUUUUUAUUAUUCCACAUGGGUUCUCGAGUUCUCGAUCCGACCACGAUUCAAUUGUUCGAAUCCAAUGCGUCGAAUUCUACAAUUCCGACAUUCGACGAGUUAUUAAAUUUUGUACAACAACGGUGCAGAAUAUUAGAGAACGUAAAAAAUUCUACUAAACAAGAUAUUACCUUUAAACCGCAUGACAAGUCUAAGGCGCAGUCUCACAAAACGUUUGUUCCCAAAAAAUCCGUUUUUGCCGCUACUACGUCUACAUCGACCAAGUCGAAAUCGAGAGGUUGCCUGUCAUGUGAUAAGACUGACCACAAUAUCUAUCAAUGUCCGAAGUUCAACGAAAUGUCCGUUGACAAACGCCGAAAUGUUGUAUUGUCGCGCAAAUUGUGUUUCGCGUGCAUGAGUCCGUCGCACAUGCUUGACACCUGCUCGUCCAAAGGAGGGUGCCGCUCAUGCAGUAGUAAACGUCAUCACACCUUAUUACAUCGUGAACAAAAUCGAACGUCAACUACAGACAAUACGACUCCGAACACUACCUCGAUAUCGCAACCAACCACGUCGAGUGGGGGUUCUAGUUCACUUGUCGGUGCAGCCUGCACCAAUUCUACCGUCGUACUUGGUACGGCGAUUGUCCAUAUUAUAGACGCUUGGAAACGAGUACAGUGCGUACGGGUGCUGCUCGAUAGUGGCUCGCAGAUUUCGGCCGUGACUAGUGAUUGUGCCGCGCGGCUUGGAUUUUCGAAACGUCGUUAUAAGUCUGAUAUCGUUGGUCUCGCGCAAAAUCCUGUAUCCCACGUGCAAGGUGUAACUAGCUGUCAAUUUUCGUCACGUUUUAAAUCGGACUAUUUAUUCCCGUCCGUUGAAUUAGUUAUUUUAAAACAAAUUACCGCUGCCAUGCCGUCCACGCGGUUGCCGACAGCCGUGCGUCAACAGUACCAACACCUCCGUCUCGCGGACGACAAUUUCGACAUUCCGUCGCGCAUCGACGUUUUACUCGGCGCAGACAUUUUACCUAGUCUUAUUCGCCCACACGCGGGUGUGGAGCAGCAUCCGGGUUUACCAUCGGCCCUUGACACUCAACUUGGCUGGAUAAUUUUCGGCUCAUUCUCCACUCCGAGCAAGUCACCCCCAGUCACGCUGACCACCGCCAUCGCUCCGCCUUCAAUCGGAGAUUUGUUACAAAAGUUUUGGUUGGUCGAAGAACCCGCCGCACCUACGUCGCCCACCACGGAAGAUCAAUGGUGUGAAGAGUAUUUUACAAAAUCUACCUCGCGUGAUUCAACCGGUCGAUUUUGUGUCGCCCUGCCAUUUCGACAUCUAUUUACCAGCCCAAUUCAAGAUCAAGAUACACCGCGUCACGGUCUCGGAGACUCACGCUCUAUAGCGUUGAAACGAUUUUACAAUCUAGAACGACGGCUGGCUAAGGACUCCGCGUUGUACGCGGCUUACCGAAAGUUCAUGUCCACAUAUCGAACCCUAGGCCACAUGGUGCCGGCUCCAGAGCCUGGAAAAUAUUUUAUUCCGCAUCACGCUGUGCUCAAGGCCGACGGUGAUGUAUCCAAAAUACGCGUCGUGUUCGACGCUUCGUCUGCUUCGUCGUCCGGUCGAUCCUUGAACGAUAUAUUGUGCACCGGACCGAAAUUACAAGUCGAUCUACGCGACAUCCUACUUCGUUGCCGCAUGCACAGGUACAUUUUGUCCGCCGACAUCGUCAAAAUGUAUCGACAAAUUUUAAUUCGUCCAGAGGACCGGACAUACCAACAUAUCUUUUGGCGUGAUUCACCUAGCGACGAACUCGUUGAAUUUCAACUAUGCACCGUCACAUACGGCCUCAACUGCGCGCCGUAUCUAGCCAUACGCUGUUUACACGAGCUCGACAGCCAGGAUGGUCAUCGUUUUCCGCUGGCAAAAGACGUCCUCACUCGAGCCGCCUACGUCGACGACAUCGUUAUUGGCGCCGACACAGAAGAAUUACUAUUACGUCGGAAGAAGGACAUCAUCGGGUUAUUGCAGAGCGGCGCUUGUGCACUGAGCAAGUGGACCAGCAACAGUACCGCCGUCCUUAAGUCUGUUGCCCCCGAAGACCGAGUGCAAUCCAUGUCAUUUGAUCCGCGUGAUGAACAUUCCGUUAAAGUGCUCGGCCUGCACUGGGACACAAUUACCGACUGCUUCGCUUAUCAUACCAGCCUUCAACAAACCUCAUCCACGAAACGUCAGGUGUUAUCCAUCAUCGCGCGUUUGUUCGAUCCCAUCGGCGCCUUGGGCCCGAUGUUGUUGUGGGCAAAGUGCUUCAUGCAAUCAUUAUGGUGCAAUAAACUCGAAUGGGACGAUGUGAUGCCUGAUGAGCUACAAUCUUUGUGGCAGCAGUUUUGCAUGGAGUUGCCGCUCCUGUUCGAUUUCAGUCUGCCGCGUCACAUCGACGUCACUUGUUAUCAUGACAUUCAGCUGGUAGGCUUUGCAGACGCUUCAAUGAAGGGAUACGCGGCUACCAUUUAUCUCCGUUCUGUCAACGCGCCCGACGACAUAGCCGUUAAGUUCGUCACUUGUAAGACCAAGGUGGCCCCGUUGAAAGGCUCCACCGCUAACGAGCAACUGUCUAUACCCCGUCUGGAGUUGUGCGGGGCCCUAUUAUUGGCUCGGACGCUCAACCACGUUCACUCCGUGUUGUCAUGCGAAGUGCCGAUAUCCCGUCUGCGAGCAUGGUCAGAUUCGUCGGUCGUUUUGUCCUGGUUGACAUCGGAUCAAAAACAAUUCAAAAUUUUUGUUACCAACCGGGUAGCCCAAAUACGUCAGUUAUUACCGGACUGCACGUGGAACUACGUAUCAACUAACGAUAACCCCGCAGAUCCAGCGUCCCGCGGAUUGUUGCCAAAAGCCAUGUUGUCAUCAUCCAUUUACUGGAACGGUCCUGAGUUUUUACGGCUUCCUGAAGACCAGUGGCCCCAAUCCAAAUUUAUCCCGCUUGCCCCAGAACAGUUGCCAGAGAUCCGGCCGAAUGUCACCAUGACGUUGGCCGUCAAUGUUUAUCCGUCAUCGCUAGAAUUUAUUGAUCGAUUUUCGUCGCUCGCCAGAAUGCUGCGCGUAUUGUCCUACAUAUCGCGCUACUUGUGUCAUCGUCUUCGUCGACAACCUGUUCGCGUCGGUCCAAUCACGUUCGCCGAACGGGAAAAUGCAUUAUCCAUCGCCGUGCAACGCACACAACAACAUUAUUUUGCCGACUUACUAAAGAUGUUGAAAAUCAAAUCUGUGAUUUCGCCGCCUUCCCUGGCGCAGUUGGCACCCUAUGUAGACGAAAAGGGUAUCAUACGGGUUGGAGGCCGCCUGCGCUUCUCCGAUAUUAGUCAUGACGCAAAGCAUCCGAUAUUGUUGCCGCGGUCUUCGCAUCUCACUGAGUUAAUCAUCCGUCACUAUCAUUUGUCAUUUCUACACGGCGGACCAAAAUUAGUAAUGUCGAUGCUAAGCCAAAAAUUUUGGAUUUUGUCGGGUCGCGCUGCGAUUCGACGUGUCAUUUUUUCAUGCGUGCCGUGUACACGUCACAAAGCCGCCCGGCCGCAGCCGAUGAUGGCUGAUCUACCGUCCUUCCGGGUCCAGUCUCAUCGACCGUUUUCACACGUUGGAAUGGAUUACGGAGGGCCAUUCCUCGUAAAGGAACAUCGUCGUCGAAAUGCGCAAUCGGUCAAAAUUUAUCUCGCGCUAUUCAUUUGUAUGUCCGUCAAGGCAGUGCACCUUGAAAUCGUGUCGGACCUCAGCACAGACGCCUUCCUCGCGGCCCUGGACCGUUUCGUCGCCCGCCGUGGCAUUCCAUCCAAUAUUUAUUCGGACUGUGGUACGAACUACGUCGGCGCCGCGCGCCAGCUGAAAGCGUUAUUCCGCGAUACCAAGGUUCAAGACCAACUAUCGUCGCACUUGACUUGUACGUGGCACUUCAAUCCGCCUGCCGCGCCACAUUUUGGCGGUCUCUGGGAAGCGGGUAUCAAAAGUGUGAAAUUUCACUUGAAACGAGUGAUUGGCACUCAGAUACUCACCUAUGAAGAGUUCGAGACAUUGUGUGUCCGAGUCGAAGGAAUUCUAAAUUCGCGUCCACUCACUCCAGCUUCGAUGGACCCACACGACUGCACAGCUUUGACACCUGGACAUUUUCUCAUCGGACAGCCACUCUUAGCGGUACCGGAAGAGAACAUCACCGAGGCUCCUAUGAAUCGACUCACACGUUGGCAGCUCCUUCGACAAAUGCAUCAGUCAUUCUGGAAACGUUGGUCCCAGGAAUACCUGCAUACGCUGCAAGGUCGUCGGAAAUGGACCUCUACUCAGGACAAUCUAAAAGUAGACGAUCUAGUCAUUGUUGAGGCGCCAAAUCAACCUCCUUCCGUAUGGCGCAUGGGGCGCAUCACGGCGGUCCAUCCGGGUCCUGACGGUACGGUCCGUGUAGUUACGAUCAUCACCCAAGAUGGGGAGAUGAAGAGACCAGUGGUAAAAUUGGUUAAACUGCCAACCGAUAAAUAG